GAUACGAAGACGUCCCUCGGAUCAAGAUAUUUUAUUACACAGUCACCAUGGGUCGUAUCAACAAAGUUUGCACGAUAGUCUUCGCUUUUACCACCUGUGCCUCUUUGGCUUCUUGCGGUUCAUUUCAUUUUGAUGAAAGUGACAACCGCCUGUCCGUGAGAGCCAAUGAUGUCCUGAUCAUAGACCACAAACCACCUUCUCCCUUCAUUUUCAUCGGCACAGGAUCAGUCACAACUUGCAGUCUUCAUGGUAAUUACAAAAUCAACGAUUUUGUUGAAAGCAGGAUUCCAUUGCAGAAAUUCUCUGUUGGAAAAGAAGAGAGAGGAGAGCAGAACGUUGUUACUCAGAGGGUCACGUUCAGUGUUUCAGGGUGUGAUGCACAGAGAGCUGUUGCUGUGGACUUUGUGUCCUCUCCAGAAGCUAUGUACAUUGAGUUUGUUGGGAUUCCAUCUGAUGUUGACCGAGUAUGGAUUCGCCUUCAUGCCGAAGAGGGAGAAAAGGUGUAUGGAGGUGGGGAGCAGUUUACAUACUACGACAUGAGAGGGCGCACUUUCCCUCUCUGGGUUCAAGAGCAGGGAGUUGGAAGGAACAAGAGUUCGCUGAUAACACUGCUUUCCAACAACAAUGAUAAUGGUGGAGGCGAUUACUACACAACCUACUGGGCUCAACCAACCUUUCUUUCAUCCAGAAAGUACUACGCCCAUUUUACUACCACAAGCUAUGCAGAGUUUGACUUCCGCUUCAAUGACUUCCACGAGGUGUACAUUCUGAAUGAUUCCCCAGGGAAGGUCCAUUUCUUCACUGGACCAUCCUAUGUGGAUCUCGUCAGUCAGUUUACAGGCUUUCAGGGUAGACAGCCACCUGUCCCGGACUGGGUGUACAAUGGAGUGGUUCUUGGGCUACAGGGCGGUACAGAAAGAAUGCUGACAUACUUGAAAAUGGCACAGGACAGUAGCAUAAAGGUCAGUGCUGUUUGGAUCCAAGACUGGGCAGGACGAAUCAAGACUUCCUUUGGGAGGCGCAUCUUCUGGAACUGGGAGUGGGAUCCCAAACACUACCCAGGCCUUGAUACAGUUAUCGCUGAGCUCAAAGAACUAGGUAUCCAGGUCUUGGUUUACAUCAAUCUCAACCUCAAUCAGAAAGGGAACCUCUUCAAGGAAGCUGAAGAUCUUGGCUAUCUUAUCUUGGACAAAGAUGGAAAGUCUUAUCUAUUGGACUAUGGAGAGUUCAUCUGUGGCAUUGUAGACAUCACCAACCCUCAAGCUGCUCAGUGGUACAAAGACCGUAUCAUCAAGAAGAAUGUAUUGGAAUUGGGAAUCAGUGGGUGGAUGGCGGACUUUGGGGAGUAUUUACCGACUGAUGCCUAUUUCAGCAAUGGUAAGUCAGGUAUGGAACUACACAAUGCAUGGCCAACACUGUGGGCUCAAGUCAACAGGGAAGGAGUAGAGGAAGCAGGCAUGUUGGGAGAAGUUCUUUACUGGAUGCGAGCAGGGUUCAGCGGUGCUCAGAAGUAUGGUGUAAUGACAUGGGCAGGGGAUCAGUUUGUUGAUUUCAGUUUGAGUGAUGGCAUUGCCUCCGUCAUUCCAGCUGCCCUGUCUCUUGGUUUGUCAGGUUUUGGAUUGUUUCAUUUCGACAUUGGAGCAUUCACCUCUCUCUUCAACUACACGCGCACCGAAGAACUGCUGUUUAGGUACGGGGAAAUGGCCGCCUUUACAACCAUGAUGCGAACCCACGAGGGCAAUCGCCCUGACGAAAAUCUCCAGUUCUACUCCAACGAACGCACCCUCUCGCAGCUUGCCUAUCAUACACAUAUUUUCUGUUCCCUGAACAAUUACAGGCGCAUGGUCAUCCAAGAAAAUGCAGAACACGGCAUACCUGUCCAGCGACCGCUCUUCUUGCAUUAUGAGUCCGACCCUAAGUCUUACAGCUUGAAGUACCAGUAUAUGUUUGGUCCUGAUCUGCUUGUUGCCCCUGUGUAUGAAUCAAAAGUGGAAACCUGGGACGUCUAUCUUCCUCCCGAUGACUGGGUCUUCCUGUGGGAUGAGACCAUUGCAUCUAUGGGUGGUGAAACCGUAACGGUCGAAGCACCCAUUGGUAAAAUCCCUGUCUUCUAUCGACGUAAGUCCCAGUGGGCAGACCUGUUCGAAGAAGUUAGGGAUAUCCGUAAUAACUUUGAUUUUGAAAAUGGGCACUGCUUCAAAGAUAAACCAUGCUCAUAGACAUUCAUCUUGAUCCUGUCUUCUAUCGACGUAAGUCCCAGUGGGAUGCAGUGAAACCAUUGCAUCUGUGGGUGGUGAAACCGUAACGGUCGAAGCACCCAUUGGUAAAAUCCCUGUCUUCUAUUGACGUAAGUCUCAGUGGGCAGACCUGUUCGAAGAAGUUAGGGAUAUCCAUAAUAACUUUGAUUUUGAAAAUGGGCAAAGAUAAAAAAUAUCAAAGAUAAACCAUGCUCAUAGACAAUCAUCUUGAUCCAUUUGUCACAACAAUUUGAUUUUGUGAUGAAAUAUCAGUGACAUAAUGAAUUUUGAAUCCCUUGAAAUACUCUUGAAAUAUGUUCUAUGUAAUUACUGAAAUGAUAUUUUCUUGCAAAUACCCAUUUUACAUUUUAAUCAUCAAUAUCAAGUCAUAAAUCACAUGACAUUUUUCACUUCCAUCAUUUUAACUGGAAAUGGAUUACAUAAUUUUUUUUCAAUUUGUUGAGCAGCAAUGUUUUAUUUUUUCCUUGUACUGUCCAGCAUACUUUUUACAUUGUGCAUUUUCGUACUUUGUGCUGAGCAAUAUUAAUUCAAAAAUGAAGUUGUAUUAAGGAUAUAAAUUUUCAUUAUUGUCUUUUUUAACAGGGUAUUCUUAGUUUGGAUCAAAAUACCUCAGAAUUAUUAUCUACAGUUUCUUGUUUUUAGUCAGCCAGUAAAAUAUCAGGUAAUUUUGUAAAAUUGCUCAGAAGUAGUUUUUUUUUACAAUGUGCAUUAUUGUACACUACAUUUGAGUUGAGUUGAUUUUAUUUCUACAUUUAAAUAAGAAAAGUAUAUAAAAGUAUAAUCAUUUUUAAACAUUUGUAUAUCAAUAAGCAAACACUUUGCAAUAUAAUGUUUAACAUAUAAGUAACAUUAUUCUAAUAUUGAUUAUACCUAGAAAUUUUUAUCGUUUUUAAAACCUGUAUAUUAAUUAAAAAUAUACAUGUAUAUACCAGUAUAUAUAUGAUAUCUUCAAUUGAAAUAUGGGAUACUGCCAUCUCAAGCUUGGAGCUUGAAAUUGAUGGAGGCCUAAAACGAUAGGGGAAUUUAAAACCCACCUACAUUGCACUACAGUGCAGCAUUUAAGUACGGCAGUUAAGAUCAAUAUUAUACUACCGACUUUGGCAUAAUGAGAUGUUGGUGCCAUUUGUUGUGACUCGCUUGUUCAAGAUUCCAGGUUUUUAUAACAGGUGAUAGGUCGGUGCCUGAAAAUAUUUGUUUUGCAGAUUUCUUUCAUUUACUUCUUUGAUCAGGGUUCUAAAGACAUGUAAAUCUUUGAUGAUGAGCUUGUGGUGCUUGUUGAAGACACACCCAUCUUUUAUGUUGUAGCUCACCUAAUGUGACACUAUUGUCAGUUUUUUUUGUGUGUGUCAUACUGAACUGUCCCCAUUUAUACACAGUGGUCAUUUAAUUUUUUUUUUUUUUUUGGGGGGGGAUACUUUUCACAACCUGCCUAAAUGUGCUUAUUUGCUAAAGCCCCAGGGGAAAUUCAUUAGGGAUCAAACUACUUCCUGAGUUUUUGACCACUGCUCAUGAAUGGGUCGUGUGGUCCAGUGGUUAGAGCAUUGGACUCGUAAUAGCAAGGUUGUGAGUUUGAAUCCCAACUCUGCCAUUGUUUCUACUUUAAUAAAAAGGUCCAAGAGUGAUAUCCGUCGUCUGUAACGUCAGCCACUAUGACUGAUUAACCUAGACGUAAAAUGUUUCCCAGGUAAUUGGUUAUAUACCAGCUUGGAGUUACCAGCAAAAUGCUGUCCUGCCGAGUUCCUACGGGAGUUACCAGAAACAGAAACAAAGUUGGAACCAAUUUUCUUCUUAGGGUAAAAAAUUAUGAUUCAUUUUCCAAAUGUUUUGGAAAUUGCAAAACCAUAGCAGGGGUAUUAAUCACUUUUAGUGAUCUUUCUAGUUGGAGCAUGAAUU